UCAAAUUUCCUGUUGUUUUAUGUAAUUUUGGAAAGUAUCACUACCUAUUUGAAGAAAGGUUUAGAAAAAUGUGAGGAGGGGCCACAGUCUGUUUCCUACUGCUAGCAUGCUAGUCUAGCUUGUAUGUAAACAUAAAAUACACUGGAAGUCUGUGAUGUCAGAGUUUCCCAUCAUAAAUCUGCCAUGCUCUGCUCAGUUCAACCAUCUGACAGUGUAGCAAGAGGAGACAUGUUAUACACAGACCUCAGACUGAAGAUGCUGAUGCUGAUGUGGAUUACAGUGAUGCUUUUUAAUAAAACGGAUUCUGCACAGACAAUUGAUGUCAAUCAGCCAGAUCGAGUGAUCACUGCUGAUGUUGGUGAGAACGUGACUCUGCACUGCUUUCGACUGGGAGAGAAUAACAAUGAACCUAACAUUUGGUACAAGCAAAAAGUCGGACAUGAGCCUUGUUUAAUGGUCACAGUUCUAACUGAACCUGAUUACGAAGAUGAGUUCAAGUCACCAAGAUUCAGCAUUGAGAAAGAAAAAGGGAGCGUCCAUUUAAAAAUUGCAAAUGUGGAACCGUCAGAUGAAGCCAUGUAUUACUGUGGCGUUGUAAAAUUUAUGAAAGUGUUUGGAAAAGGAACAUUUUUAUCUGUGAAAGGUAAACCAGAUUUAAGUGUCUCAGUGUUCCAGAGCGGCGUGUCGGACUCGGUUCCUGCAGGAGCGUCAGUGACUCUGCAGUGCUCGGUUCUCUCUGAGAGCAGAUCAGCAGAACUCCAAGUGCUCUGGUUCAGAGCUGCUCCACCACAAUCCCAUCCUCAAAUCAUUUACACUCAUCACAACAGCAGCCAUCAGUGUGAGAGCGGCUCUUCUACACACACCUGUGUGCACAAGUUCUCCAAAAACAUCCUCGGCCUCAAUGAUACUGGAACUUACUAUUGCGCUGUGGCUAUGUGUGGGAAGAUCAUUUUUGGGAACGGGACACGAGUACAGUUGGAGAGAUCUGUGAACCCUGUAGUGAUCUACCUCACUGUAGCUUUGGGAGUGUGUGUGGUCGUGAUCUUUGCUUUGAUCUUUGUCAUAACCUGCGGAAGGAGAAACUGUGAACAACGCAGUGCGAGUCUAAAACAAGGUUCUGUGACCCACAAGACCCUCAAUCAGGACUGUGACAAUGAGCUGAAUUAUGCUGCCUUACAUUUCAAUGAGAGGAGAGCCAAACGAGGAAGAGUGAAGAAACAACAACCUCAAGAUAUUAUAUAUUCUGAUGUGCGAGGUCUUUCUGUAACUUAGAUUUUACUGUAGAUAAGUUUUUUAUUUAUUUAUUUUUUUAUUAAUGAUUGUUCGGUUGAAUUUAAACUGAUAGCUGAAUGAUCUAAAAGUCUCAAAAUCACUGAAACACUGGAACACUGGUUCUGCCAAGGAGUGACAUGAGAAAGUAGUUUACAACAAAACAAAAGACAUAUUUCCACACAUUUACAGCAUUUGGCAGACGCUCUUAUCCAGAGCGACAUACAGUGAUCUCAUUAAUACAGUGCGUAAGACUAGAGUAACUCAUGCAUGUACUAUUGUUGAUGUGGUCAUGUGAUGCAGCGUGAUGUCAAGUUCUUGUUACCACCAUGAAGCUGAUUCCUAUAACGGCAUAUCCUGGUGUUUUAUUGUUCACAAAGCAAUUUGCAAAUUAUAACAAUGUUUUAAUUGUUGCUAUUGCGUCCUGUCCUGAUUUUUUUUAAAUGAGAACGAACAUUUUAUUUUUUAAAAUCAUUUGUAACCCUUAUCUAGUAGUUAGCAUGCUUGCCUUGAAUCCCCGUGAUUGGAUGGAUGGAUGGAUGUAACAGGGUUUAGCAUUUUUCUGCACAAAAUUAACAAAUACACAAAACACAGAUACACAAAUACAAAAAUACACACACACACAUAUCCACGUUAAUGUUUACUGUCACAGUACAAGAUUUCGGAUGUAGCCUCUGUGUCCAGCUUUUUGUCUUCUGUUGUCAGUGUCAUUGUUGUCAUUGUAUCAUGUUCACACUGUUCCCUUGCCUUGCAAAUCCUCCUUUUGUUUCCCAGUCUUUGUGUUUUAUUCAGGUCAGCAG